AAAAAUGAGAUAUCAUCAUCAUCACCAAAAAAAAUAGGAGAGUGAUUCAUGUUGGGUAAGCAUUGGGAUUGAAAACAAAUCAAUAUGCUAAUUAUAGUAAUACAACUUCAAUCUAUAAAUAAACUAUUUUAAUCCUCUCAGAAAAAAACUAAAUUUUAUCUUUUCUGCUACCAUUUUUCCUCAAAUUGCAGCUCUGCUCUACUGCUCUUGAACCAAGUAAACCCGUCUCCUUAUUUAGAAAAUCGUUGGUUCUUGUUCAAAGGGGGGAGAAUUGUAGUGGCAGAGUUUCGAGGGGGGAAAAAGAUGAAAGCUUUAAUCAAUUAAGGUCGGUGUUUUACCUCUUUUUUUCCCUUAGGAUUAGGGUUUUUGAGUUGGGGAUUUUUUUUUCCUGUAAUUUAAGCUGGUUCACUUCAUCUAGUCACCAUUUUUCGUCAUUUUUAUGAAUACCCAGAUGCUUGAUACGUGUAUAGAUUGUGUGUGUUGGUGUAUAAGAUGACAAAUUUGUGGUGAUUGAAAGCUGUGGACUUUUGUAGCAGUGAAUUGCGCCAGCUUUGGAGAUUGCAGAUUUUUAAAUAUAAAUUCUGGGUAUCAUAAUCUCACUUGUUUUUUGCAGAUUUAUAUUACUAUUUAUAGAAAAGUAGUGAAAUUUUUUUAUUCCAAAGGUUAGUUGAUGAAUUUGUUGUUAUGUGCUUUAAAUUGCUUGUGUGUCUCCUAUUUAUAGGAUUGAAGUGAUUUAAGAUCUUGCUUUAUGGGUGAGUACAGUUGGGUUACUACAAUCCUAUUGAGAAAAAAGAUUGAGAGAGGGAGAGGUAGAAAAUUAAGGUAGAUUGAGUGAAAUACUUUGAUGGAUAAGUGGAAUCAGUGGAUGAGAUUUGAGCGUAUUGAUAAACAAAUUAGAAGAGAUAUUAGGGGGGAAUUGCAUAGGAUAAUUCUCUGACAUUUGUUUUACUUGGGUGGGGAGAAUUGUUUUUUUGCUUGUUAGACAAACUAAAAUGGAAAAUCCCUUCUCGUCUCGAGAAAAGGGGGUUAACUAUCGGGCUCCGUCGAGAGCACAGGUGGAUGGUACGACUUUAUCUGAUAGUGGUACUAGUACGAGGAAUUUGAUUUCGGAGGAUGUGUUGAAUCAAUUUUCGGAGCUUAUGAAUUUUGAUACGUAUGCUGGUUGGUGUAACAGCUCGUCGGCGGCAGACCAGAUGUUUGCCAAUUACGGAUUCUCCCCUUUCCAGUCUACAGCCUAUGCAAUUCUUGAUGGUUUAAAUGUUGCAGAACAGAAUCUGACCUGUCCUGUUGGCGAAUUUACGUUAAAUGCAGCUGGGACUUCUUACAGUUUCGGAGAAAAAAUGGGAAUUCCGCCAACGAAUCCCCAAUUUGUUUAUCAGUCUGAUUCGAUGGAUGCUGAUGACUCGGGUACAAAGCAAAGUAAUGGUUCUCAGGGACACAGCGAUAUCCCUGAUACGGUGAAUUGUACGCUCCAGAAACCAGUUGGAUUGUCACUUGAUGAAAAGAUGCUAAGAGCACUAUCCCUGUUGAAAGAAUUCGCUGGCGGGGGCAUUUUGGCGCAAGUUUGGGUCCCAACGAAACGUGGAGAUCAGUAUAUCAUGACGACAUAUGAGCAACCUUAUCUGCUAGACCAAAGUCUAGCAGGGUAUCGGGAAGUGUCGAGGACAUUUACCUUCUCUGCGGAGGCUAAGCCUGGACUUCCCCUUGGGCUUCCUGGUCGUGUGUUCGUUUCUAAAGUUCCUGAGUGGACUUCGAAUAUAGUUUAUUAUAGUAGCUCUGAGUAUUUACGGGUAAAACAUGCAGUCCAUCAUAAGGUACAAGGUUCUAUUGCCCUGCCCAUCUUUGAACCUACUGAGAUGUCUUGUUGUGCUGUACUGGAGCUUGUCACAGUUAAGGAGAAGCCUGAUUUUGAUUCAGAGAUGGAGUGUGUUUGUCUUGCUCUCCAGGCUGUAAAUUUAAGAAGCAUUGCAUCUCCUCGACUUCUUCCUCAGAUCUUGUAUUUGUCGCAGAGCCUCUCGAGGAAUCAGAGAGUUGUCUUAGCUGAAAUAACUGAUGUGCUACGAGCUGUAUGUCAUGCCCAUACUUUGCCACUCGCUCUAACAUGGAUUCCUUGCAAUUAUUCGGAGGAAGAUGUUGAUGAAGUUGUUAAAGUACGUGUCAGAGAUUUUAAUUCAACCGGUAAAUCUGUUCUCUGCAUCUCGGCUCAAGCUUGCUAUGUCAAGGAUAGAGAGAUGGAAGGUUUUGUGCAUGCAUGCGCGGAACACUAUAUUGAGGAAGGACAAGGUAUAGCUGGAAAGGCACUUCAAUCAAAUCACCCUUUCUUUUUCCCUGAUGUGAAAGCAUAUGAUAUAACUGAAUAUCCACUUGUUCAUCAUGCACGGAAAUAUGGCCUGAAUGCUGCGGUUGCAAUCAGGCUUCGAAGCAUCUAUACUGGUGGUGACGAUUAUAUUCUAGAGUUCUUUCUCCCUGUCAAUAUAAAAGGUAGCUCGGAACAGCAACUCUUGUUGAACAAUCUCUCAGGUACCAUGCAGAAAAUAUGUAAGAGUUUGAGAACAGUUUCAGAUGCCGAGUUGUCAGGACAAGAAAGUUGUGAAGUUGAGUUUCAGAAGGGAGAAGUGCCAAACUUUUCUCCAAUGUCGGUUUCAAUAAGUUCGCAAACCACAUUAUCUGAAGCUAACUUGGAUACGACUGACAAGAAAACUCUCGAUAUAUCAAAUUCCAUAAAUGAUGGACUGGAACCAGAUGGUUCUCAUGAACAGGUGAUGAAUGUAUCAAGAAGACCAAUGGAUAAGAAAAAGAGUACGGCAGAGAAAAAUGUGAGCUUGAGUGUUCUUCAGCAAUACUUUUCUGGAAGUCUCAAGGAUGCUGCUAAAAGCAUUGGAGUUUGUCCAACAACUCUUAAAAGGAUAUGCAGACAACAUGGCAUUACCAGAUGGCCAUCCCGAAAGAUAAAUAAGGUGAAUCGCUCGUUAAAAAAAAUACAGACUGUACUUGACUCGGUUGAGGGAGUGGAAGGAGGUCUAAAAUAUGAUCCUCUUACUAGAGGGUUUGUGGCAGCGGGUUCUAUCAUCCAAGAAUUUGAUCCUCAAAAGAGCUUUCUUUUAUCCGACAAAAACCUUAUGUCGAGAAAUUCUGAAUCUGCCAACAAAGAUGUGGUUUCUGUACCUCCAGCUCCUUCCGUUGAUGGGAAUAAUUCUACAGUUAAAGUUGAAGAGGAUGAUUGCUGUAUAGAAGAUACAUUCGAGGCAUUGCUAAUGAAACCCAGAAUUCCGAUUAUUGCUUUCAGUGAGGAUUCCAAGUCAGUUGCCACAGAUGCUGGAGUAUUUCAUAAGUCGAGCAUUGACUCGGGAUCUUGGGCUUGUCCUAGGAAUGUCUCUAAAUUUGCAAAAGGCGAUCAGUGGGGCCUGAACAAGGAUAGCUUGGAAUUAGACAAUUCAGAUUUCCUGUUUGCGCCUAGAAUAUCUAGCUCCUUGGCUGCUGCUGCUGAGGAGCUGGAUACCAAAAUGGUUGAUGAUGGAAUUGUAGAACAUAACCAACCUACUUGCUCGAGCAUGACCGACUCUUCCAACGGCUCUGGCUCGUUGAUGCACGGAAGUAUAUCGAGCUCACCGAGCUUCGAGGAAGGAAAGCAUUCAAAAGCAAAAACAAGCAACGAUGAAACCGGAUCAAAAAUGACCAUAAAAGCCACAUAUAAAGACGACACAAUUAGAUUCAAGUUUGAACCAUCGGCUGGGUGUUUCCAAUUGUACGAAGAAGUUGCGAAAAGGUUCAAAUUGCAAAAUGGAUUAUUCCAACUCAAGUAUCUUGACGAUGAAGAGGAGUGGGUGAUGCUAGUGAGCGACUCCGACUUGCAGGAAUGUGUUGAGAUAUUAGAUUACGUUGGAAAACGUACUGUGAAGUUCCUUGUCCGCGAUACGCCUUUUACUAUGGGUAGUUCGAGCAGCAGCAAUUGCUUUUUAUGAGGAAGCUUAAGUCGAUAUGGUUUGAUCAAGUUUUUGCGGAUUCUACUUGACAACAUUAUCUAAAAGGCCAACGGAACUACCAAAUGCGAGCUAGAGGGACAUCGAUCGAUGUUUUUCGCUCCGAGUUAGUGGGCAUAGUUCAAAAAGAGAGCUAAUAAGUUUGCAAUGCAGCUCUAUGUGAAUUAGAUAAGUGAGCAAAAUUGGGAGAUAUGGCCCGAAAUAUACAAAAGAUAUAAUACGUUGGUUGAUGCAUUAGGCAGUAGAUGUAUAGGUUUGUAUAUUGUCAGUUGUAGCUGGAAGAAGCAGUAGCCUCCGGGCAGUGUAUUGUAUAGUAAUUUUAUUGAUUGAAAAAUGAGAAAUAAUUUAGAUUUCAUUCA